GAUUCAGGUGGUAACUGUUGUUAUUGAAGUUAAAAAGAAAAACAAAGAUGAGUGAACCAAGUUAUCAAACCAAGAAGAUUGCUGAAAGCCAAACCAAUAAUGGUAAAAGAAGUAGAGAUGAAACUCUCGCACAAAUGCCGAUCGACAUUCGACAAGAGAUUGAGCUAUGCCUAGAUGUGGAAGCACCUGCUGCAAGUAACUGGCAGCAUUUUGCUGAAAAGUUUAACAUCAGAAAAGACGUUAUCCGUAAUUGGGAUAGCAGAAAUGGAAAAGUUGCAGCUUUUAGUGCAUCUGCGUAUAUGUUCGACCACCUGAAAGCCGAACAACCGGAUCUGACAGUUAAUGAUCUGUGGGAAGUUGCCAUGGAUCAAAAACGUAAAGACGUCGUCAGGGUUAUUGACAAACAUUAUGACCAAAUGCUUUGUUAGACCCAUUCUCGUCACACUACUUGUGUCGGGUAAGAACUUUAUCUGCAUUUGCCUCUCUUCAACCAGGAGUAUAAAUGGGUAUCUGGUAGGAGAUGAAUGAUUGGGGAUGAAAUUAGUAGCGCUGAUUAUAGGAAGGGGAGGAGGUUGUAGUUGUGUGACCAAUUCUGUAUAUAAUGAGCUGGGAAUAAAGAGCAUUGAGCAGUUUUCUGGAUGUGUGCGGCGCUAUAUAAAUCAUACAAUAAAAAAUUAAAAAAACAUUUAAUAAACAUAAUAUUUUUUAAUGUUCUAUUACAUAAAAGCCAUGACGGGUUCAUUUCUUAAGAUUAAUGAAAAAAGUUGGAAAUAAAGAAUCACGAUGACUUUCA